CAAACCCAAGCACGGGGAGGAGCUGCCGUAUCGUGCGGCCCCCAUCCCUUUUCUCCCCUGCUACUAAUUUCACCCACCAGAGAGAGAGAAAUGAAAAGUAACUAAACGGGGGAAAGAGAGACGGGUGUGUUGCUUGUCCUCUUCAUAUGAGCGGAAAGGCGUCAUAUUCGGUGCAGCUCGAGCGCUGUUGUUGGCCGGGGCUCACACGAGAGAGAGAGAGAAGGAAGAGAUGCUGCUUUACAGAUAACGGAACAGCGAAAGGAGAAAGCGCUAGCGACGAGUCAUAAAAACGUCAAAAUCGGUGUAAGACCAGUUAAGACAACAGCGCGCGUCCUGUUUCCCUCAUCACUUCGAUUCGAGCCAACUGGGAUCGGGAUGGAUAUAUCUUCUUCUGCACCAUUUGUCAGAUCUCCCGCUAGAGAGGACCGUGCCUCACGCGCAGCAGCAGCACCCCCACCACCGAAAUCGUGUUUUCUUCUCGGAUGCUCCCAUUAGAUACAGAACAACGGUAGAUAUCGAUUAGUGGCUAGUAUUCGAAUGCGGCGCGCACUGCCCGGGAUAACGGUAGAUUGAACCUGCUGGCUGCCAUCGACUGAACAAACGGAGACGUACCAACGGGACCACAGGAUUCGUGGUCGUUCAGCUAUCCUAGGCACUGCAGCCUAGCAGGCAGCCCCCUUCGUCGCAAGAUACAGGGAGAAACCGUGGGAUACUAGCCUACACUCUCUCCCUGAUGCAAAUCACCGCCGCAGCGCAGGGUCGAGAAACGAUGCAGCUGUUUGAUAAGAAACAUAUGUAACGGGGGAAUUACGGGAGACCCUGGCCGGGUUCUCUGUCUGAUCUGCACACCCAGGCUGAUAACGGAGGCUCCGGUAACGGGAUUGGAAUGGCAUAGAUUGUUUUUUUUCAACACGGUGACCGACGAACAGAACGGAUACAUAUCUGACAUGACUAUCUGCAUCUAGAGACCUCAAACACAGGCGAUGGCUGGAUGAGUCAACAGACUUGGCGGGCCUGGCACAGCUCCUGGUGUAUGUCCGAGACGUUUAUGGGAGGUCAAUUAAGGAAGACAUCUUCUGCAAACCACUGGAAACCAGAACAACAGGAGAGGAUGAAAAUGCGACGUCACAGAGUGUUCUUGCUGUGCACAGUGGGCUUGUGUGUCAUCUCCUUCCUCCACUAUUACAAGGCCCUGCACUACGUAUCCCUGCUCAAGGAGCUGUCGGCCCCGUACCCCAACAUCAAGUCCUUCAUCAUGGUGACAGGCUUCUUCUGGAGGGAGGGGGGGGCCACACCGUUAACGUCGGCUGCCUCGUCGUCUGACUUCGCCGCCUCGCAGGAGGAUGGACCCCCGCCCGCCCUCAGGCCCUCGGACACCAAGCCCCGGAUCGUAGGGGCUAUAGGCCCUGGGGGUGGAGGAGGAAGAGGAGGUGGGGUGGAGAUGAGGCUGAGAGAGGAACCUGCUGCGCCCCAACCAUGGGGUCAACCAGAGGAGGAACCCAGACACAGGGACACGGAUCCCAACGAGGAGCGUGAAGGUGAGGACCUCCACUUCAAGCCCUGGUACCCCAGCCACCCAGCCCACCCUGUCAGACCUUACGCCCCAGAGGAAAAGGCCUCGGCUGGGAUCGAUGACCAGGUGGUGCCCUCCAAGGCUCCAUCCCCGGACCCCUUAGAAACCCUGGGGGACAUCCACACCCGCACCCACCAGCUCCAGGACGACCCCACCUCCUACUUCGUCCGCACUAAAGCCGGAGCCCUCUGCUUCCGCCAGGGGACGGAGGUCGCCACCCCCAGGGAUGACGCGGCACGACCCGGGUGGCCUACUGUGACUGGUACUGGGGUAGGAUCUCGAGCUGGCUCCCCUGGGCAACGUAAGCCCCUGGCGGUCCUGAACCAAUCCCACCAACAACCACUCCAUCCGUCGUCCUCCGGCACCUCCAUGCCUCCCAAGGCCAAAUCAAGAGGACGAGGAGGCAAACGUCUAGUAAAAUGUGUGUGUCGGCCGGGGUGGCACGGGCCCUACUGUGGGGUACCUACCAUGGUCUACCACUCUAACCUGCCCACUAAGGAGAGACUGACGCCCAGAGAGAGACCCAGGAGGGUGAUCAACGCCAUCAACGUGAACCAUGAGUUUGAUCUUCUCCACGUGAGGUUCCACGAGUUGACCCAGGCUGUGGAUCUGUUCCUGGUGUGUGAGUCUAACUUCACCGCCUACGGAGAGAGACGACCACUACGGUUCCUGCGUCUCCUCCUGAACGGAACCUACGACUACGUGCGCCACAAAAUCCUCUACGUUUUCCUGGACCACUUCCCCGACGGCGGGCGCCAGGACGGCUGGAUUGCUGAUGACUACCUCCGUACCUACCUGACCCGCGACGGCAUGGCCAGGGUGACCGGAUCACGACCCGACGACGUCUUCGUCAUCAACGAUGCCGACGAGAUCCCCGCCCGCGAGGGACUUCUUUUCCUCAAGCUGUUCGACGGGUGGACGGAACCGUUCGCCAUCCACAUGAGGAAGUCGCUCUACGGGUUCUUCUGGAAGCAGCUGGGGUCGUUGGAGGUCGUGUCGGGGUGCACGGUCGGAAUGCUCCGAGACGUCUACGAUGCCGACGGGAUACGUCUCCGGCGCCGGGAAUACUACACCAUGCCCGGUUUCAGGAAGUACGAGAACGACACGGGUCACAUCCUGGUCCAGUGGGCCGUUGGAAGCCCCUUCCACUUUGCUGGGUGGCACUGUUCUUGGUGCUUUAGCCCUGAGGGCAUCCAUUUUAAGCUGAUCUCGGCCCAGAACGGGGACUUCCCGCGUUGGGGCGACUACGAGGACAAACGGGAUCUGAAUUAUAUUCGGGACCUGAUCCGGACGGGGGGUUGGUUCGAUGGAUCGGUGCAGGAGUAUCCCCCCUCGGACCCCAAAGAGCACAUGUACGCCCCAAAGUAUAUGCUGGAGAAUUAUGAGAAGUACCUGUACCUUCUGGAGAACCCAUAUGUCAAACAUGAUAAAAUGAUUGAGGGGUAACGAAUUCGGGGGGUAGAGAAUUGAAGGAAGUGAAUGGGUAAGGAAGGAGGGCCCCUGGGACUCACAAGAGGGAGGGACAUGGAAACAAAAUUAGCUCUCUUCAUGGGUGAAGGAUACAGACAGAAGGAAAACCUUAGCACUGAUGUGGAAGGAUAUAGAAGGAAGGAAAACACUGACGUUGGAAGGAUACCUAACGCAAGCUCCAAAAAGUCCCUAUUUUUGGGUAAAAGGGAACAUUGGAACAGCUUUGGGGGGAAAUGACCACUGACUACUGACAAAAUAGUCCUCCCUAGAAACGCUCUCUAUAUCAACCUCUGAACCUCACCUACUACUUUCCUAGUUCUGACUGACAGACAGGCCUUUAUGCUGGGUUGGUACGGUGGGGGCAGAGGGACAAAACAGGCGAAUCGCAAACCUGUGGAAAAAUGAAGCAAAAGAUGACAUUUUUGUUUCUGUUGAUGUUUACUUCAUCAUAUCGUCAUAGCGACACAGACACUCCCUCGUCCCGUCGCGGAAAUCUCACUCACUGUUGGAUACCUUCCUGUUGUGUCUUUAGUGACCCCCUGCUAACACACACACACACUUUCUCCUCUCAUCAUAUGUGAGUUAGAUAUAGUGCAGUCUACAGUGUAUUGCUUUCCUAUGGUUAAUAUUUUGGCUUGCUUGCAAAUGAACUGACAAGAGAAAAAGCCUGAAUCGUUGUAGAAACUCUCGGUUAACUUUACACACAUGGAAUGGGACUUCUGCAUCUGUUGCUGCAAACCACUAACACUCUGUGAGGUGUGUGUGUGUGUGUGUGUUUAUGUGUUAAUCUGUGUGCAUGCGCGCACGUGGGCACUGGGGUGUGCGAUCCUGAAAGGUCAGAACACAAUAUGUGGGUGACAGUCCUCCUCUGUAGACAGACAGACAGACAGCUCGGAAUGAAUGAUGAAGUGAUGUCGUCUUCACAGCCUUUUGUACAGCACAGCAGGAGGUGUAUUGUUGUUCUAUGUGGCCUAUAAAGACAAAGAUUUAAACAAAAAUA